AUGUCUUCUAAUAAAGUAAAUGACUUAAAAUUAAAGCUACAAUCAGCCACCAGACGGAAUCUAAGAAACGGGAAAGUGGAAAAUGAAUUAAAUAGUAUGGAACGCGCUCUGAUUGAAGAUAUUUCAUUGAUCAAAUCCGAAUGUGAUUUUAUGUUGCAACAGAUGCAGGAUCUAAAGAAUCAAAUAUCUCAAGUGACUCAUCAAAUAUCAAUCAUUGAAAUAUGCAGCGUCUCCGAGAAGUCUAAAAUAGAAAGUCACCUUCAGAAUAUUAACGCUCACAAACAAGGAUUCGAUGCUAUGAACGCGAGAGAGCGCAAGAUAUCUGAACUCCAUAACAAAGAACUCGAGCAUAAACAACAGGCGGAGGAAGAAAUCGAACGUCAGAAAUUAGCAAAGAUUUUGGAGAUGAACGAACGUAAAGGCAUACAGGCAGCCGCUGUAGAAAGCGAAUGCGAAGCUAUAGAACGCGAAUGCAAUGUUUUGACGAAAAGAAACAAGGCCAUAAUGCUAAAGCUAAGACGCAAAUUAGUAGACGCCGAAGACACCAGACGCAGGCUUAUGACGCAAAAUGGAUUACCAGUCGUACCAUCGUGUGACGAUAAUUAA